CCCUGCGUCUUGUGAAAGACACUGUGUGUGAAGUCGACAGCGUAAACAGGACGACAUACCAAAAAAAAAAAAUCACACUGCAUUAAUCCACUUGAUAAGAGGCACUCAGUGAGGCACGCCUGUACAUAGACGCUGAUUAUUCAGAAGGACAGACGCUCCGUUCUCACAGGCUGCUUCCUCCUGGAGCCAACAUUGAGCAGCUGCAAUCAAACAAAACCAAAACUUUCCAUCUUCAACCAACCAAUCCAAAUGGCCAACCUAAGCAUCAGCCCACUUCCUGUCUUCUCCAACCUAACCUUAUCCACAGCGACUUCCUCUAAAUCCCUCUCAUCCUCCCAUCAGACUGGGAUAGCAAUCCUGGUCCUUGCCUUCAUCCUCGGUUUUCCUGGGAAUCUCUUUGUGGUUUGGUCAGUGCUCUGCCGUGUCCGUCAGCGCUCCAUUACUUGCAUCUUGGUCCUGAAUCUUGCUGUGGCUGAUGCUCUGGUGCUCCUGAGUGCCCCAUUUUUCCUGCGUCUGCUGGCUGGAGGGAGGGGCUGGGAGUUUGGCACUGGUAUGUGUAAGACCGUGCACUAUGUUUGCUGCAUCAACAUGUAUGUAUCUAUUUAUCUGAUCUGCCUGAUGAGCCUGGACCGCUGGCUAGCCGUCAUCAGGCCCUUCCUGUCUCAGAGGCUGAGGAGAAAGAGGACACUGUACAUCAUUAUGUUGGGGAUCUGGAUCAUGGCCUUCAUCUUGGCAUUGCCCAUGCCCUUCUACCGCAGCAACCUCCAGCCCUACCUGAAGAAGAACAUUUCCAUUUAUCUCUGUAUUCCCUACCACUGGAACAGUGUGAACCAUGAGCUCUUCCAGUAUGUGAUGGAGACGUUGCUAGGUUUCCUGAUCCCCUUCACCUUUAUCGUGUUUUGCUACACCUCUGUCAUCUGUCGCCUGCGCAGCGCCAUGUUUAAAGGGCGUGUCAGGAGCAGCCUCCUCAUCCUCCUCAUCAUCACAGCCUUCGCUGUCUUCUGGCUGCCCUAUCACAUCAUCAACAUCCUACAGGUGAUUGGUCUGCUGCAGGGCCGCUCUGGUGUUUACAAUGUGGCGCUUUCCGUUCGUCCCAACGUGACGGCUUUUGCAUUUCUGAGCAGCAGCGUGAACCCUAUACUCUACGUUUUUGCUGGUAGUUCACACAUCCGCCGCGCUGGCCUCGGCUUCAUGGCCAAAUUGUUCGAAGGAACCAACUCAGAGAACCACUCAUCCAUCUCCGGCCGACGUUCCACGAACAAUACGAGCAGCUCAUGCCUCUCAAGGAUGUCAGUGAAACCGUCCUGGAUUGGAGGCAUGGCUAGAAACAAGAGCUGUGCAGAAGAGAAAGAAAAGGGGGAGGAGACUAGCUGUAUGGAGGAAGUUAAGACUCUAAGAAUGAUACCAUGAUGUUCCAGAGUGAGAGUUGUUGCCUGAGAAUUUUUAUUCGCACAUUAAGUGUGAUCUGGAGCCUUGCAGGAACAAGCUGAUCCUCCUGAAAUUUCAAACCUCAGUUAUCAAAGCUUUUGAGCAUUUAUUUCACGUGUUGCUUUUCAUUAUGCAUUUUGAGGUGCUUUUUUUCUUUAUUAUUAUUAUUAUUAUUAUUAUUACGCUUUAAAAAUAAGAUGCUCUCUGACUCAGGACUUUGAAGCAGUGGCGGAGCCAGACAAUUUUUCUAGGGGUGGCCAGACUGAGACCAUUGUUCACACAGGGGUGGCACAUAAACUGAUAUCUUCUUGUGCUUUUUCUGUGUGGCAAAUUGCUAUAGGUCUAGUGGUACUUCUUGGUCACUCACUCAUUAAUUUGGGCAGGCAUGUAAGAAUUACAUCAUGAAGACCUGCAUAACAAGCUUUUUAAUGUAUUACUAAGCUGAUUAAAAAAAACCUUAAACCAA